AUGCGAAUGACAAGAAGGUAUACGAAACUUGGCUAUGCAGGAAAUACAGAACCUCAGUUCAUUAUCCCAUCAUGUAUUGCAAUCCGAGAAUCAGCCAAAGUAGGUGACCAGGCUCAGAGGAGGGUGAUGAAAGGCGUGGAUGAUCUGGAUUUUUUCAUAGGAGAUGAAGCCAUAGAUAAACCUACCUAUGCUACAAAGUGGCCUAUACGACAUGGUAUUGUUGAAGACUGGGACCUCAUGGAGAGGUUCAUGGAGCAGGUCAUUUUUAAAUACCUACGAGCUGAACCCGAGGAUCACUAUUUUUUAAUGACAGAGCCUCCGCUGAACACACCAGAAAAUAGAGAGUAUCUUGCAGAAAUCAUGUUUGAAUCAUUUAACAUACCAGGACUUUACAUUGCUGUUCAGGCAGUGUUGGCCUUAGCUGCCUCUUGGACGUCACGGCAGGUUGGAGAACGGACUUUGACUGGAAUUGUCAUCGAUAGUGGUGAUGGAGUGACCCAUGUCAUUCCUGUGGCAGAAGGCUAUGUAAUUGGAAGUUGCAUCAAACAUAUUCCUAUUGCAGGUAGAGAUAUUACUUACUUUAUUCAACAACUCCUAAGGGAAAGGGAGGUGGGAAUUCCUCCUGAACAGUCUCUGGAGACAGCAAAAGCCAUAAAGGAGAAAUACUGUUACAUUUGCCCUGACAUAGUGAAAGAGUUUGCCAAGUACGAUGGAGACCCUCGGAAAUGGAUCAAGCAGUACACUGGCAUCAACGCCAUCAACAAAACCAAGUUUGUUAUGGCCCGGCGCCGCUCCCCGGGCCCGGGCACGUUUGCUAAUCCUGAUUUUAUGGAAUCCAUUUCGGAUGUAGUUGAUGAAGUUAUACAGAACUGUCCCAUUGAUGUCCGGCGUCCAUUAUAUAAGAAUGUGGUCCUCUCGGGAGGAUCCACGAUGUUCAGGGACUUUGGACGACGACUGCAAAGGGAUUUGAAAAGAGUAGUGGAUGCGAGAUUGCGACUUAGUGAGGAGCUCAGUGGUGGUCGGAUAAAACCCAAACCAGUUGAAGUUCAAGUGAUCACACAUCACAUGCAGCGUUACGCAGUUUGGUUCGGCGGUUCCAUGCUGGCUUCAACACCAGAGUUUUUCCAAGUAUGUCACACCAAGAAAGACUAUGAAGAGUAUGGUCCUAGUAUUUGUCGUCAUAAUCCUGUUUUUGGAGUCAUGUCAUAAUGCUCGUCUAAUGGAAACAAGAUCUCUGAUACCUUGCUGGUGAAGAAACUCAUGUAAAGCAGAGAAAGGGAGCAGAUACUGUAAAUACCGAAGCAAGUUAUGGGUGUUUCUUGGAAGCAUUUGGAUCACCACUGUGCACUAAAGCACAACUUACAGCCCCAAGUCAUUUCAGUAAAAGCCAUUUCUCUGCUGACUACAUUAAAGCCUAUCUUUCUUUCUUCCUGAAUGUGAGGUAGUUGACAAUAGGUAAGUCUCGCUUUAGGAGGUUGUGCAAAUACUACUGAAACUGAAUCUAGAAGAAUGAGGCAGUGUUUUACUGCUUGUGGAAAGAUUUGAACGUUUCCCACUUGUGCCCUGAUUCUGCAAUCAAAUCUUAGCAAUGGAGCGCUAAAUACCACAUUGCCUUCAGGGGAGUUGGAAUGGAUGCAGGUACCUGCCCAGAAGGAUUAGAUUGCAGGAUUGGGACUGUACUUUGUAAAUGUAGGUUUUUCAUAUCAUUUUGUAUUCUAUGAUACUGAUAAGGGUGAUUGAUGACUAGUUCUAAGCACGAACAGCUAUCAACGUCAUAGAGUGAUGUUACGCAUUUCCGGGUGUGAGGCAUGUAUUGGAGUUGUGCUGGUAUUUUUUUUGGAAAAAAAAAAAAGCCAUGUAUGCUAGAAACUGAUUUGUUCUUGUUUGGAUGACACAAACUAAGUGAUUUACAGUAUUGUAUGAAGUUUAUUAUAGCCACUGUUACUUUGUUUUGAAUUUUCUGAAACUGUUUUAUAGAAGAUGAUGUUUUGUUUUGUUGUUGGUGAGUGGUGGAUGACACACGGGCCUUGCACCAGUGAAAUAAAAGCUGUUAACAUCUUUAUGAA